AUGGAGGCGAGUCCAAGGCUGGCAAAAGCGGCAGCACAGCCACAAGUCUACAAAAACAUCAACCUACGACCACUCACCAUUCAUCCCCUCGCUUCGUUGAGAAGGUACAAGGAUCUCAUGGACCUUUCUCUCGCUGCAGGAAACAUAGAGGCUCACUAUGUCUGUGGAAUCCAGGAGUACUUCCACAAAAACAAUACCACGGUGGGCCUGUCCCAUCUCAAAAUCGCAGCUCAAGGUUCGUAUGACAACGGAAUCUAUACCUUUACGGAAUGA